CUUGGCCACACUUUUGUUUGUGCCGAACUUUAAGAUCGAAUUGCGACUGGGAAAUCGGGUCGUUCCGUUUUCGUGUGGAUUAGCUUAGCAAGAUUGAAUUAAGGGUUGAUAUACAGAUGACCAGUAAUAAUACGGACACCGGAGACACAACCAUCAUGGCUACGGCGAGCUCGACCUCCUUGCAACAGGAUUUGGAGGCCAGAGCCGAUGAACAACUGCCCCGAGAAUCGCUGAUAACCACUGCAGUCAGCUUUCUACAAAACACGAAAGUGCGCCAUACGACACUUAUCCAGAAGCAGCAGUUCCUACGGUCCAAAGGUCUCACUGCCCCCGAAAUCCAGUUGGCCUGCGAGCGUGCCGGCGUUUUCACCCAGGAUCCGAAUAAUCCCAACCACAGUCCGAAUACGGUGAUCAGCAUCGGAUCCCAGCUGCAGGCCCUGCAGCCUCAGCCGACUGUAUUUGGACGGAUUCGAGAGAUCAUCCAUUCGGCGGCCCUUUUCAGCGGGGUGGUCUAUGCAGUCUAUCUCUUCUGGAAGAAAUACAUUGCUCCCUACCUGUUUGGUAAGCCCAAAAGGAAGCCGGUGGACGAAGCUCUGGACGACAUCGACAAGAAAGUAGAUUCGCGUACCAACGACCUCAACAAGGAGAUCUCAGCUGUUAGGGAUCUGAUCACCAGCCAACAAAGGGAACAUUCCCAGCAGCUCAAUCGCGAAUUUAGCAACUUCCGCAGCGAUCUGGACGCCAUCAAGGGGCUGCUGUUGAACCGGAAGCAGUUUGCGGGCCCCGUAGCCCCCAUAACAGUGCCAUCCAUUCCCGCCUGGCAGUUAGCCGGCUCUCCACAUCAUCAUCAUCGGCACAGCGGGUCGGACAAUGACAAUGAGAAGGGCGAUGAUGCAGGCUCCGGAUCCGGAUCAUCGGAGACCGAAGUGGUCACCAAGAACAGUGACUCCAGCUUGGAGAUCAUGUAAUCCAAUCAGAAUACGGGGCUGCACUAUAUAGAUGUAGUAUAUAGUUAGACUGCAGGACGUUUGUGAAUUGAGUUUUCCCUUAAAUAGCUUAAAGACUCUGGUUUUUUGCUUUGCGUUUAUAGCAUUUAAAUUUUCUUUAUAGUCAACAGCUAAUCCAUAUCCAAAAGUACAUACACUCACACUCACAUAUACACACUUAUGCGUUACGAUGUCUAUAUAAUGUAAUAAUAAAAAAUGUUUACAUAAUAACAGGUUUGAAUUUAAAGAAACUGUUUAAUUAAGCGCAAAAA